AUGGAUUCCAUUAGAACUGCUGUCGGAAUCAUAGGAAACUCAAUUGCAUUCCUCCUCUUCUUAUCUCCAGUGCCAACAUUCAUACAGAUAUGGAGGGGAUCCGUGGAGGAGUACUCCCCAGUGCCGUACCUGGCCACAUUCAUCAACUGCGCUUUGUGGGUGCCGUACGGCUGUCCUUUCGUGCACCCAAAGAGCCUCUUAGUGAUCACGAUUAACGGCGCCGGAUUCGCGAUUGAGGCGGUGUACAUUGCCCUGUUCAUCACAUUUUGCCAGACUAGACAGAGGAAGAUGAAGCUGGCCGCCAUCGUGGCGGCUGAGCUGGUCUCUGUGGCGGCGCUCGCCGUUCUGGUGCUCAACUUAGCGCACACCACCAAACUCCGGUCGGCUAUUGUUGGUCCGAUUUGCAUGGUCCGCAACAUUAUCAUGUACGGGGCUCCGCUCUCCGUAAUGGGAGGGGUGAUCAGAACAAGAAGCGUGGAGUACAUGCCAUUGUUCCUUUCACUGGCCUCUUUUGCCAAUGGUGUCUGUUGGACUGCUUAUGCCCUGUUUAAAUUCGACCUCGACAUAUUUGUACCAAAUUUGAUUGGAGCUGCCCUUGGGCUAAUCCAGUUGGUGCUUUACGCAAUGUACUACAAUGCAACCCAGCGCAUUCUCGCUGAGAGAAGGGUUCAACAGCAGAACAUCUAG